AUGGCUCUUCAACCACAAGAGGAAUGCGAAGAUCUUUUCAAUUUAUGUGACUAUAGUAGUAUUGAGACUUCUCAAUACUAUGAAAAUAUUAUUCAAAAUUCCAUAACAAAAGUUACUUUUAGUCGAAUAACAGAUAUCGUUAAUGACGAGUCAACAGCACCAUCCUCAUCAAAUAUUAGUCUAUCAUCUAAUACCGAAGAUUUCAAUGAUAUUGGCAAAAGUCUUUUAACUGCAUCUGAUAUUGAAUACAAUCUUGAAGAAUUAAUAAAAAAUACAGAAUUUAAUUUCUUCGACUUGCCAUGCAAUGAAACGAAUGAUUGGUUACAAAAAGAAAUAGAUAAGAUCGAAUUGGCAAAUAUCGAUCAAUCAAUUCAAGAUCGAAUAAUGAGCGUUGAUAAUCAACCACCAACCAACAUUCGUCGACGAUAUCGAAGUGAUGGAAAACGUCAGAUUGAAAAAUCUCGCUCAAAACCGAUAACAAUCAAAUUGCCAAACUUAAAAAAUUGUACAUUAAAUUCAAAUCAAUCAUUUUGGCUUGAGUUAAUAUUAAUAACUACCCAAGAGAAUCCUGCAAAUAAAGUGUUCAUUCAUAUUGAUCAAAUAGAAUAUCAUGCAAAUGAUUUACCAGAAUGUGACCAUGGAUUUGUACGGAUUCCAUUAACUCCAACAGAUAUUCAAAGAGAAAUAAAGCAAUUAGCUCGUAUAUCAAUCAUCAAAGAAAAAUUAGAUGCAUAUACAUUUAAAUUAAUACCAUUCAAUCAGUUAUCAAUAGAUAAUUCAGUUGAAAUAUAUGAAAAUGAAAAUGUAAAAUCACUCAUUAAAAAAGCAAAAUGUUUUCGUGAUACAUACGAUUUAAAAUCAGGUCGUAUUGUUUGUCAAUUACUUAUUAAACAAAACGAGACGUGGCAUAUGACAAAUAUUGUAUGUGAAACAGAUAUUAUGAAAGAAAUAGAAAAACCCAAAAAACCAAAUAAGCGAUCAAAAUCUUCUAAUGUCAGAGAUGAUGAUGAUGACGAUGACGAUGACUAUUCAGUUCAUUGUCGAAGUUUACCAAAGAAACAAAAACGAUCUCUACCAUUAAUGAAAGGUUUACUGGUAAAACGAAUUAAAAAAUCACAAAACUAA